AUGCCUCACACUACAUCACGUAUUAUAGACAAGUUACAAGCGGCAUAUCCAAAUGAUAUUUUUUAUGUUUGCAAGUUUUCACCACCUGGAGGGGCGUCUUCGUAUGAAGGUCAACUAUUAUUAAAUGUUCCAUUACAAGAUGGAGAUUGGUUAAGAAUUUACAAAUUAUCACAAUCUUCAGGACCACCUGUGAAUAAUGAUAUAGUCAAACAUAUAGCAUUUCCGUUUAUUUAUGAUACAAAAAGCAUAACAAAUGAUGAAGCACGAGUUAAACGACUUUGUCACAGUUUACAGACUUUAUUUCCACUUCAUCAUGUCAAUGUGAUUGUUUUCAAUGAGCCUUGGGAGAGUUCUUCAUGUGCUAAAGGCUGUGUUUCAUUUAUGAAAGAGUAUGGCUCGGAUGUCUGCGUUAUUUUGAGUUAA